UUAUUUACAUGUUCUAUCAAUGGUUUCUUUGUUUUAUUUCAACUAUAGGUUUGGUGCCGCUUGAAUUCUUAUUUUUCCCAUUUAUCAUUAAAAUGCAUUCUGUUAUUUCCUUAUCAUAUCAGGUGUAGGAUGUUGGAAAACUCAGACUCUAUUAGGUAGUACCUGUAGCUGGUUUACGCUGAGUAUACUGUAACACAUGGGGAAGGGUUUGCGACACCGAGAUUCUAGUUUUACUCGAGAAAGUAGUUCUCCAGGAUGCAUGUUUGGUAUACUUCAUCAUUUAAAUCACCAACAACAUCGGUGGCAUCAAGUCAGGAAACGCCUCCCAUAUAUAAAGCAGGCUGGUGGAAAGCACAUUGCUGCGGCAGGAGAUCUUGGGAGUAAUGCAACUGCUACUGAUUCUGCUCAUGUGUUAGAAAAAGUAGAUGUCAAAUUGGACGAUUCCCCUGUUGUAGUGAAAACAGCAGCCACUCAGCACAAAAGUUCAAUAAAGUCUCGUCUAAAAGCUUUGGUCACAAAAGAGCUACUAUCUAGAAAAAAGGUCCAACAUCGCCGUAGCGUGUCCUGUCCUACAAGAAUGCCGCUGGGACAAACUGCUCCUAUUCGUUAUCUUGGCCCUGCAAAUGUAGAUCGUUCUCCAAAAUUUCGUUCAAAUGACGAGACUUUGCAGCAUCCGCAGAAUGGGUAUUCUUCAGUUGCUAGUUUGUUAGAUCCACCCCUGCCAGAGAAAAGAAAGGAUGCUGUUACCACCAAUGACACAUGUGAGUUGUGUGCUGCUAUGCUUGAUAUGAAUCACUUAAAGCAAUGUGAUACUAACAAGAAUGGGAAGCAACCAAUUACAAACUUCACUCUACGUCGUACACAAUCACUUUAUUUUAGAGAGCAGACUAAAAAUGCUUCAAUUGAAGAGUCGAAGCUAUUUUUGGAUGCUCUUGAUUUACUUAACAUGAGAGAGGAGUUAUUCCUUAAAAUAUUACAGGACCCAAAUUCUUCAUUAGCGCAUCAGUUACAUGGUACACAUGCAUCCAAAGGCUUGACCAAGUCCGUGUCAUUUCCUUCCCUUCUCUCACUGGGAAAAAUUGCCAGCCAUUUAGUAACAUCAACAAAUUUGAGUAGCGAGGAGGAAGUAGCAAAAGGUGUACCGACUAGACUUGAAUCAUUUGAUGAUGUGCCCCCGAGUUCACCUGGUUCCAAACACAAGCGCCACGAUAAUAAGCUUGUCCUUGCACGGUUCAGGAACUUGAAGGACAAAAUAACACAUGCUCUUAAGGAGAGCCAUAAGGAGAAGCGUCGAAUCAUCAUGGACGCUGUCCUUCAUAAGGUUCCAAAGGAUGUUAAAAAGGGAUCCAAUCUACUUGAGAAGCCAAUGCUAGAUGUACACAACAGGAAUUUUCCGGAAAGUACUUUUAACACUGCUCACCUCCAUUCUCCAUUUAGCAAGAGCCAGAUGAAAUCCUUCAAAAGAACGUCAUCGCUCGAUGACUCAUUAGACAGAUAUAAUAGAUUACUUGAAUCCUGCUUCAGUAGGGACAAAAAACAGCAAAACUUUGAAAGGUCAAGUUCAAGAGUAUCUAGAUCACCUUCACCAGCUAGAACUAGGCCCAUAGUCCUGGAGAGGAUUCUUUCUCUGCCUGAUCUUAGGCAUUACCCGUCUUUCCGAAUUGAGGACGCUCCCGAAGCCAAUUAUUCAGAAACAGUAGAUACAGCUGCAUCGACUGCAUCCAGCAACAACUUAAAUUUAGGGGCUAAUAGGUCCGAUGAACAGAAGUCCAUCGAUAUUCCUUUAGGUUCAGAAAAAAAAACUCAACAAGAUUCCAGUUCAGACUCCGAGAUUCCUGAACACUUUCUUGAUAUCAGCCAGAAUUCCAAUGACUUUGGUGACUUAAAGACAGAGGAGAAAUCUUUUCCGGUUGAUAAACCGACUCCUAUUACUUUGCCUGAUAUGAUAAUUCAAGAAGCUACUACUGUCCAGGCAGACCUCCCCGAAACGGAAGGUAUAGCCGAAAAUGAAUUUGAUACCAAUGAAGAAGGAAUACUUACCAAUGAAGAAGGAAUACUAGCCGAUGAACAGAAGAUAAGUCUAUUGCAAGUUCAUGUGGGCGAAAGAAAUAAAGCCGAAUUCAAUUAUGUAAAAGAUGUGCUGGAACUAUCUGGCUUUAGCGGAAAUGAAUUUAUGAACCUUUCAGUAUUUGACGAAGUGGGAGGAUGUUUUCUUUCUCAACCUGACUGUUCGGGAUAUGGUGAAGAAAGUGGAAGCUGUGAUCAACUUCUUUUGUUUGAUUUAAUCAACGAGGUCUUACUACAACUUUAUGAGAGAUCAUCUUUAUACUGGCCAAAGGCGUUAACAUUUCGUUCUUAUAUCCAUCCAAUGACUGUUGGCUAUUAUCUUCUUGAGGAGGUGUGGAAAGAUAUAAGCUGGUGGAUCAACUACAAGCUGGAGAAUGACCAAUCACUACUCGAUGAUGCUGCAAGCCGUGAUUUGGCAAAAGGUGAUAAUUGGAUGAACCUACAAUUUGAUGCAGAGUGCGUUGGACUGGAGCUCGAGGAUCUCAUAUUCGAUGAUCUUUUAGACGAGCUAGUAUUCAUUGACAUUCAUUCUCACAUAGGUGUAUAACAUUUCUUCUUCACAGAAAUUGUUUAGCUACCGCUCUCAGUUGAUCACGUCGAGAGUAAAGGAAAAAACUACUAAUGAGUAAAUAUUACUUAACUAAAUUCUUCCAGACGAGUAGAUUUCGUUAUUAAGUUCGAGGGAGUGUAUAAGAAUAGGCAGUUUAGUUUUAGUAGGAUAAUCAAGAAUUGUUUGCUUCCUUAGCAAAAUCAGCAACUUAGAUUUGUUCCAUUGAAAGAACCAAUAGAUGUAAGUUAGCCUAUUCUUCCAGACAUGC